GUUAACAGAAUUUGCAGAGAAGGACAAAAACCGGACCCAGACUCCUCAGGACGGAUGCAGGAAAAGUGUCGGCACCUUGUUGAGGGUGUUGAUACCUUGCAGCUCGUGCUGCACAUCUUUCCGUUCAUGCUCGACCUUUGCACCUCGUGUUUAAGUUCUGCACUUCGUGCUUGGCCUUUGCAGCUCGUGGCUGAACUCGGCACUUUGCAGCUCGUGGUUGAGCUCGGCAACUCAUGUUUGAGCUCUGCACUUCGUGCUCGAUCCUUGAAGCUCGUGGCUGACCUCGACUAUAUGUGUUUGAACUCUGCAGCUUGUGCUCAAGUUUCACUUCGUACUCGACCUUGGCAGCAACAAAUGUUUGAGCUCUGCAACUCGUGCUCAAGUUCUGCACUUCGUGCUGGACCUCUGCAGCUCGUGGCUGACCUCAACAACGAGUGUUUGAGUUCUGCACUUCGUGCUGGACCUCUGCAGCUCGUGGCUGACCUCGACAGCAAGUGUUUGAGCUCUGCAACUCCUGGUGCUCGUGUUCUGCACCUCGUGGUUGACUUCGGCAGCUUGUGUUUGAGCUUGUCAGCGCGCAGCUCAUGCUCCAGCAGGGACUUUGCAGCUCGUUAUUGUCGAACUCCCAGGGGGCUACUUGGGGCAGCGUGGAGAUGCUCUCUUCCUUCCGCGGAUGGGGAACAGGAGGCUGUUGCAGAUGUGCAUGGUGUGUUCAUGGGUAAAUUCUUCGCACCUCCAAAUGGUUCGGUGAUGCGACGUGGGCGGUUGAAUGCCUCUGCUCUCAACUGAGCAUGAGAUGAGACUGUUGGCUUCUCAGAGUAGCAUGUGUUUUCCCGGUAGUGGUUUAACUGUCAUCCUGAAGGGUGGUGUCCAGUCCCUCCAGAGCUUCCAUCUUUAACACUACCAUCAGCUUUUUUUGUCAUUGGAACCAUAGAUUUUUGCUCCCUAGCAGCUGAUUGGAGGGAUUUAAUUUGCUACUGGCAAGCUGCCUAGUCAGGGACUUAUCCCUUGGAUUCUGCAAGAACAAAUUCAAAAGAGAGGAAGAUUCCAAUUUGCUUUACAGCAAAAGAAAAUAAAACAACAUAAAAAACAAAGUAAAAUAAUGAAAAUGUUAAGAUUUG